AUGGACAUUAUGAACUCUAUAGGAUUUGAAAUGGACUUUAAGCAAGGAAUAUUGAGGGUAAAUGGAGAGGAAGUCGUGUUGCAUCGAUCUAAAGAGAAGAAUAUUCGUGUAAUGCUAACAGAAGAUGCUUUGAUACCGGAACACAGCGAGAUGAUAUUAAAGGCUUUCUUGGAUUGUAAAUCGGAAGAUGGAAGUAUAAUGCUUCUGGAGCCGAGAAUUGAUGACAAAGAGACGAUGCUAGAAUAAGGAGGGUUAAUCCGCCGGAAGACGAGUUGCCUUUUGAAGAUUUCAUGUAUUUAUAUUCGAGCGGUAAAAAAGCACGGUAUGGUGUCACUCGAGAAGAACAAAAAGAUCUGUUCACGGUUUCGGCCGAUUACUCCUUGGCUCACUGUGUUGCGGAAGACCUUAGGAUGUCCAGGGGAAUAGCGGUUGUAUUUAAAAACAAGUUUGGACGGGUCGACGAUCUACGAAGGCAGAAUCCCAAAGUUGGAGAGGUGCUUGAAAUUGUGAAUAAUGAGCAGAUAGGCAACAGAAGUAUUUUCUAUCUGGUAACAAAGCAGCUCUCCCAUCAGAAGCCAAACUACCGCGACGUAUGGAACGCCUUAAAUAAAUUAAGAAAUACCCUUUUGUCCAAGGACAUCAUGAACCUGGCGAUACCGAAAAUUGCUUGUGGACUUGACGGUUUAGACUGGAGAAUAAUUAGAAGUAUGGUUGAGGUUAUCUUCAGAUUUAGUAGCAUACACAUUCUUGUCUGUUGCCACAACCCUAAAAGAACAACCGGAAGGAAGACCGUAGACAGCUACUUCUAUAGGACGUCGCAAUGCAAGUUUGGAUCUCUAUGCAAAUAUCGCCAUGGAGCUGAGGACCAUUUUCGGGACGAAAAUGUUUUAAGACGGGGGCAAUGUAGCGAGUUCGGCUCUGGAUCUCGGAAUGAUGACUCAUCGCCGAUGAGUCAUCGCCGGUGA